GGUAGCAGUCAAAGACGCGCGUAAUUUCCACGCGUAAUGGAGACGGACGGCUUGGAGGAGAGGACCAGGACGGUGGUGGUGACCGGGGUGGCCGACCUGCUGACCCAAGACAGGAUGGUCGACAAGCUGACUAUUCAUUUCCAAAGCAGGAGGAGCAGUGGAGGAGAUGUGGAGGAGGUGAAGUAUCCAACCAACAUGGAUGGAGUCGCUUUUGUCACUUUCCACAAAGCUGAAGAUGCAGAGAGGGUGGUGCGGAAGGAGCGGCAUAUCAUGAUGGACGACGAGUUUCCUACGAGCUUCAUCAUCACUGUGUUCCCCUUCACCAGAGAUGUGUUUUUGUACGUCCCCAGCGCUACGGUCGACCUCUCCGUAUUUGGCACAGAUCAGAUUUCACUGAUCCAGAGUCUGCGGUCAACUCACAGGUCGCUGCGGUUCCGGACUUCCCUCCAGCAGAUGAAAGCCACCAUUGAGGGGCCUUUCUCUGCCGUCCAGGCCCUGAGACAGGACCUCAUCCUCAGGGCCGGCCUGCUCAAAUCCGACGGAGUAUCUGCCCGAGCUGCUACCACCAAACUGAGAGAAACCACCUUUAAUCCGAGGGUGAUAUCUCACCGCGAGGUUGUCGGCUCCGUAAGCCGCGGCGGUUCUGAAGCUAAGCCGGGGCCAGGGAGCUCAAACUGCUUAUCGACGCCGCCGCAGACCACAGGUGAGGCAGCAGGAUCCCAAAGCCCGCUCUCGAAUGGGAAAAAAACUGGAAACCACUCCCCGAGGCAAAAAGCUUCUCAGGAGAGUUUGGCCGUCUGGAGCUUCGACGACACACACGGCGACGGAGAAGAAAAGAAGAGGAAUCGGUCCAGGCUGGAAACGCCCAGAGAAAAGAGGACAGAGGGAGCAAAGUCCAAGCCCAGACAAGUACUGAAGGCAGGUACUAGUUCUUCCUCAUCAGGCCUUGACCUGCAACUAGCAGAGGACAUCUCAGCAAAACAGCCAGUAGACGGCUAUUCAGAAAAACACAAAAGACCAGACAGGAUCAGAGGAGAGAAUCCGAUGGACUAUCUGAAGGAUCGAGAUCAGAGUAGAUCAGACGGCACUGCUAAGAUCCCCCCGACCAAAUAUGUCUCAACAUCCUACAAAAGCGAUACGUUGGACACAGAGAAGCUGUCUGCAGUCAGCCCGGAGGUCGAGGGGGACGAGUCCGUCUGGGUCGACUCCUACGCGUUCCGCUACAUUGAAAAGUUUGAAAAGUGUGAGUUGGACAGCUGCUUGAGAGGCCUCGACGCACGGGUCAUUCGCGAAAGCGCCGACCUCACACGGAUAUCGCUGACCGAGAGGGAGACCUCCAAGACGGGAUCGAGGGUCCAGCAGGCGUCGGAGGCCCUCCAGCGUUUGGUGGCGUUUCAGGAGCUGAUGUUAAGAGUUCAUCAGAUCGACUUUGAUGAGCAGACCGAGAGACAGAAGCUGGUUGAAAUCUGCCGUGAUGUGAAUGUGCUGUACCCGGACGUUCUUUACUUGCUGGAGGACUCUUGCGUCAAAGUCAUCGGCCCCAUGGUGUCAAGUCACCUGUUCUUUAAGAGGUUGGAGGAAAAAGUACUGGACUCAAAGACACUGAGAAUGUAAAGGAUGUGGCAAAAAUAAAGGGAUGUAGUUCCACCAAUGACCACAGGGUGGUGCAGUUGCGCUGCGUGUCACAAAGGCCUAAACAACAUAAUCAACAUGACAGCCUCGGUUUCAUGUUCCUGUUACACUCACACAGUUAUUUUUUAUUUUUGCAGCUUAAAAUGACAUCUAUAGAAAUGACUAACACAUACAUAAUCACAUGUUUGUGUCAUUUACUCAGACAACUCAGUUUAGUUCUCCUAUUAGAUGAACAUUUUUUGAUGCUUUUGCUUUCCCUUCGUCUCUAUGGUGAAGCCUCCUCUUCUGUUUAAUAAUUAGGCUUUUAAACAACCGGUGUUAAUCCGAAUGAUUGUCCUCACAGCAGUAGGGACAAGGCUUAAUUAACCUCCUCACGUCUUAAUCACAAAAGAUAAUUAAAAGCAAAAAUGACGGACGACAACUUGUCUCACAUAAUCUCGCCUUCCUACACACUU